AACAGGAAAUAAAAAAAAACAAUGGGCAUCACGAGACACAUUUUGUUUGUUUUUAGUAUUUUUAAAGUUGUUGCAUCUGUUGAGAUCAGUUUGGACACUACACAAUUGAUUUUUAAUACAAGUGACAAGUUUCUAAGCGUUGCAAUCGAUUCUGGGAUUAUAAGACGCAACUGGGAGAAAUUUAAUCCCCGGUCUCCAUUAGUAAAGCUGCUGGCCUCUGCUCUGGGGCCAUGCUACUUGAGAAUGGGAGGAACAGACGCAGACUUUCUGAUCUUCAAAGAAAAAGAUGAUUCGCUAUCUUCUGCAAAGCCAAGUUAUCUGAAGUCUCAAUAUAAUAACAUCAGAGUGCAAGAUGCUAUAGAUAUAUAUAAAAACAACAGCACUCGUGUAAAACGAAGAAGUGGCCAUCUUGACCAAAAUGGACCAAACAUUAAUGACUUUGAUGUUGGAUAUGAUUACAAAAAAGAUCUUACAAAUUUCACAAUGACUGGCCAGUUUUUUGAUGAGGCUUAUGAGUUUGUGUCCUCUGUUGGAUGGGACUUCAUCUUUGACCUAAACCUCUUGCAGCGACAGAAUGAUAGGUGGGACCCCAGCAAUGCUAUGGAGCUUAUGAACUACACACUGAAACACGGAUACAAGAUGGCAGGCUGGGAACUGGGCAAUGAACCAAAUGCGUUCUACCACUUGAUCAAAUUCCGCUUAUUGCCAGACACGCUGGCGCAUGAUUAUGUGCGGUUGCAGCAAGUUCUUUCUGACUUUGACUUGUACAACAACAAUACUGUCAUCAUAGGCCCUUCAGUGACACAGUUAAAUAAAAAGAGUACAAACAUUUACUUUGAAAGUUUCUUGGAGUCCGGUGGUGGAGAUGUGGUCACUGCAGCCUCAUUUCACCAGUACUACAUUGAUGGCCGCACAGCCACUAUUGACCAGUUUUACGACCCUGAAGUUCUGAAUGUGCUGCAGUCUGAGCUAGCGACAGGGGUGACCCUGACACGUGCCGCCCACUGCAAGGCCCCAAUAUGGCUUGGAGAGACCAGCUCUGCAUGGGGAGGCGGGGCGGAGGGAUUGUCCGACAGAUAUGUUGCUGGCUUCAUGUGGCUGGAUAAGCUGGGGCUUGCUGCCAGUCUUGGUGUGGAUGUGGUGAUCAGGCAGAGCUUCUAUGGCGGCCAUUAUGCUCUCCUGGACCAGCUCACACUGGAACCCAACCCGGACUACUGGCUGUCUCUCCUGUACAAGACCCUCGUUGGGCGUGGGGUGGUCAGAGUGACAUCCCCCGAGUCCACAGGCAAGCUCAGGGUCUACGCACAUUGUACAAACACUGUUCGGUCCGGCUACCCAGCAGGCAGUGUUACAGUGUAUGUGUUGAACAUGGGCAGUGUGAGCUGUGACGUGUCAUUUGCAGACUUCCCUUCCAACUCUCCUGUGCAUGUAUACAUGAUGACUGCAGCAGAUGGAGACCUCACGUCUCAGUCAGUGCUGCUGAAUGGUGUGCCCCUGGAGGUGGCCGAGGGGCGGCUGCCUGACCUGCUGACCCCGGUGAAGACCACCAGGGCUGUCAGUGUCCCCGCCCUCACAUACGCUUUUAUCGUCCUCCCAGAUGCAGGCCUACAGAUGUGCGUUGGGGGAUAGACACCCGCUGGUGCAAUGCAAACUGGGAAGUGAUGGAGGGGAAUCAUGUCAUUCCUGUGGACUAAUACAAGUCAAUGCGUGUGAAGUUCUUAUGCUGGUUCGAGAUAAAAUGCAUUUACCAGUUCGUGUUAUGCAACUUGUAAAGACAUGUUAAAGUAUGCUGUUGUAUUUUACAUUCCCAUUAUGUCUAAUUUAUAAUACGUAGGUGCAAAAGUGUCAAUAUCCCUAAGCAAGGUUGUAUAUUGAUUGCUCUUUGCGUUUUUUCAAUUCUCUACUGUUCACAAAUGCUUUCUGCACUAACUAUUGACAUCACGUGACUCAAUAGAGGAGCUUUUAUUAACCAGGUUUUCCAAAGGAAAAAACUGCUUAUUAGAUUGGCGAAUGUUGGCGGGCGGGUGAGCGGGCUGGCAGGUGGGCUGGCGGAACAAGCUUGUCCGGGCCAUAACUUUGUCGUUUAUUGUGAGAUUUUAAAAUCAUUUGGCACAUUUGUUCACCAUCAUUAGACGGUGUGUUGCACGAAAGAAUUACGUCGAUAUCUCCAAGGUCAAGGUCACACUUUGAGUUCAAUGGUCAACAAUGGCCAUAAAUGAGCGUUUCUGGGUCAUAACUAUGUCAUUCAUUGUGCGAUUUUAAAAUUAUAUGGCACAUUUGUUCACCAUCAUUGGAUGGUGUGUCGUGCGAAAGAAUUAUGUCAAUAUCUCCAAGGUCAAGGUCACCACGACUAAAAAUAGAUUGAUUUUGAAACAAGGGGGGUAACUAUGAACUAUCAGUAACAAUGAAAAUUUUGAGUUUUCUCCCUUUAUCAGAUUUUUUUUCAAAUUGAAAUCAAGGUCGCCACGAGUAAAAAUAGAUUGAAUUUUACACAAGGGGGGUAACAAUGCACAUUUUGAAUUGUCUCCCUUUGUCAGACUUUUUUUCAAAUUGAAAACCUGGUUUUGUGACAAUUUUGUCCCUUGUUGAUUUGUUUUCAAUACAUAAUCUAGUCACUGACUUCUUUGCCAGAGGUUAUGCUCUGCUGUCAUUAUGCAACACAUUGAAGACUGUAUGCUCCACUAUAGAAUAUCAGUCUGAAAUAAUAUGGGAGGUGUAAAUAUAAGUAAUUAUUAACAUUGAAUGUAAAUAAAUAAUACAGAAAAUGUAGCAAAGCAUCUGGGAGUAGUACAAACAUUUAGCAGAAAUUAAAUAAAAAUAGAUGGUUUCAAUAAAAAUAUUGAAAGAAAAAUAUAUACAGAUGUUUUAUUCACAGAACUUAAGAAGGCUAUUUAUAUGUUAUAAAAUUACUCCACUUCUUAAGAUACCUUAGAAAAAUCUUAGAAUUGGCUUAGUUAUAUAUUAAUUUUUAUGUAAAUUAUUUUGAUGUUUUAUUUGAUUCGAAACUUGUGAACAAUGCCAUACAUAUGUGCAUAAAGACCUGUAAGGCUGAUUGUCUCGACUAAACAUUCUUAAGAUGCUAUAUGUUUGCCUUGAACUUAUUAUUAUUAGGGCGGUCAGUUUUUUUGUCAUGCAGUUGGAUUUCUUGUCCGUAACAGCUGUUUUGAUUUCUUGUUAGAACCAUGUCUUGAAACUAAAAGAUGUAUCAAUCUUAAACUUCACAGGUAGAUAGAUCUGAUUGCAGAAAAGUGGACUACACAGGGGAUAUAACUCUUUCUGUCAUAUUUUUGAGUUAUUGCCCUUUGUUUAUUUUAAUAUUUAAAUUUUGUUGAGACUAUAGCUCAAAAAUAAAAAGAGGUAUUAACUUGAAACUUUUUAUGUAGGUAGAUCUCAUUUAGGGGAUGUGCAGUGCAAAAGAAACAUAACGCUUGAUCCCAAGGAUUUUCGAUAUUGCCUUUUGUUAAUUCGUUCAUGUAUAUUUGUUCUGGAGCAUAUCUUAAGAACAAAAAGAGUUACUGAAUUUAAACUAAAUAGGUAGGUUUUGCAUGUUGAGAAGAUGUGCAGUGCAUAAGGGCAAUAAGUUUUGCUUUCCUAUUUUUAGAGUUAUUACCCUUUGUUAGUUUUUGUUAAUUUAAAUUGUGUACACAAAAAAUCUUGAAAAAUAAAACCGGUAUACACUUAAAUCUUGAAAAAUAAAACCGGUAUACACUUAAAAGGGAAUCAAUAGAUCUCUUUAUGGGUAUGUGGAGUCCAAAGAAUAAUAUAUCUUUUGCUCACCAAUUUUGUUAAUUUUAGUAUUUAAAUCUUGUCCGGAGCAAACCUAGAAAAUUUAAAAAAAUAGGUAAGUAGGUCUCAUUAUAGGCAUUGACAGUUUACAUGAACUAUAACCAUUGCUUCUAUAUGAACUAUAAUCAUUGCUUUUAUAUGAACUAUAACCAUUGCUUCUAUAUGAACUAUAACCAUUGCUUCUAUAUUUGUAUAGUUAAUGCCGUUUGUAAAUUUAAUGCAUGUAAAUUGUAAUUGUGUAAUUUCAUGGACGGUAUCAACUUCUCAUUUAUUACGUAUAUAGCUCUCAGUAAAGGAAAGAGCAGUGCUCCUUUCAUGAUUUGAUAGCAAUGGGACUUGAUGCGUAUCCUCAGUUCUUAAUUUUUUUCUGUCUAUGCCCUUGUGAAUAUUCAAGCUGCAGGACGCGUAUCCAUUAUGAUACAGGGUUUCAAGGUGAAACUUGAAAGAUAUGAAGCUGACAUUUUUGGAAAAUCAGUUCUUAAAAUUAAUUCGCCUAUGCCCUCUGACAAAGUGGUUUUGGUGGUGUAGACGAAUCCUGGAUUGCAUGACAAUAUUUGGGGAAAAACAACACAAUAAUUCCGUAAUACCAGCUAUUCUGAAACAUGUUUUAUACCAAUGAUAGCUUCAUUCAAAUAAUGAUGGUUGAUAUUGUUUGUGAAUUUGAAAGGCGUUUAAACUUGUCAGCCUUAUUUGUACGAACAGAUAAGUGUGUUUUUAUCAAAUUCUAGCUUAUUCCUAAAUACGUAUAUUUCAGGCUAAACAUUGACAGUUCUUGAUUAUGACAGUAUUAUAUAUUUUUAAAUGUGUAUUUCUGCACCAAACAUGUCAUCUACUUAUGUUAUCAAAAAAGUAUUUAUUGUUUUAAGCAGAAUCUCACUUCUUACAUUUACAUUUAUGUGCAAUUACUUGCACAGUGAAUGAUUGUGUAUUGUAACCCUUGCAAAAUAGUAGAAUACAAACGUUUACAAACAUA